AUGGAAGGUCCCCUCGAGCAUCCCAAGAGCCCCAGCUUCAUGGAGGCCACUGGCACCCCCAACUUCACCUACGACUCCUUGACGGGGCUCGACUAUCUCCAGUACCCUCACUCCGAGCCGUACACACUUUCCUCCCUUAAUCUCUCCAACCCGCUCGCCGACUAUUCCUUCACCAGCUCGUACACCACCGGCUCCGGCUCGCCAACUCGCCCGUACACCCCUCCCAGCCACGGCAUCUACCCCGCGAUGCUCACUGGUCUUACCCCGGGCGAAACCUCCUCCGACAGCAUGCGCUCCGGCCGUGCCAGCCGCAGCAGCGAAUCCUCGCUCGCGUCUGUUCCCCGCUCCCACCGCUACAACCCCAUCGCGGUGACGCCGCCCACAAGGACGACCACCCGCAAGCGCCGAGGAAGCAAGUCGGAAGACUUCUCCGACGAUGACGACGAUUUCCAGCCACAGAUCCCCAGUGGUGCGACGAACGAAGUUCGCCGUGAGGAAAUCCGCCGCCAGCGUAUCGAGUCGGAGCAGCGCCGACGUGACGAGCUCAGGGACGGUUACCGCCGUCUGAAGGAGGCCUUGCCCAUUUCGAACCAGAAGUCGAGCAAGGUUUCCCUGUUGGACCGUGCGACGACUCACAUCAGGUACUUGGAGAUGACCCAGGGUCAACUGCAGACGAGACUUCAGCAGGCUGAGAAUGAGACGCAACGUCUGCGAUCGGUCAACGAGGCGCUCAUGCUCGGCACCGCAGAGCAACGUCAUGCUGCUGCUGCCGCCGCCGUCGCCGCCGUCCAGCAGCAGUCCGCCCCCAAUUUCUGA